UCCUGGCCGCGGCGGCGGUGGCCCGGCUCUGGCGGCGGCUGUGGGGCUCCCGGGGGGGUCCCCGGGAAGGAGCGCAAGUUGACAGAUGUACAUGAGGAGGUGCCUGGUCGGCCUCACGUUUUGUAUCUGCUACUUGGCUUCUUACCUCACGAACAAGUAUGUUCUGUCUGUCUUGAAGUUUACCUACCCUACAUUAUUCCAAGGGUGGCAGACGCUGAUUGGUGGACUUUUGCUUCAUGUGUCAUGGAAGCUGGGUUGGGCGGAGAUCAACUGCAGUUCAAGAUCUGCUGUUUCGACGUGGCUUCCUGCUUCAGUGCUCUUUGUGGGUGUGAUCUAUGCUGGUUCCAGAGCAUUGUCUCGACUGGCCAUUCCUGUAUUUCUGACUUUGCAUAAUGUAGCUGAAGUUAUCAUCUGUGGGCACCAGAAAUGUUUUCGGAAAGAGAAAACAUCUCCUGCAAAGAUCUGUAGUGCCCUCUUCCUCCUGGCCGCUGCAGGGUGCCUGCCCUUCAGUGACUCCCAGUUUGAUCCAGAUGGAUAUUUCUGGGCUGUCAUUCACUUACUCUGUGUAGGUAAGUUUUUAAAGAAUUCUCACUUAAGCGUUGAGGUUUAUUAGUUAGAUCGUGUCAUAUAUCCACUGUUUAGUGGUCCCGGAUAAUAGGAAGAUUAAAUCCAAGGUGUCAAGGUUAAAAUUAAAUGGACAUUUUUCUGGCUCGAUUUUCCUACUUUGGAGUUUUCCUGUCUUGUUUCCCGUUCCCGGAGUCCCCCCUUUCUCCUGACAAACAUUAAUUAACUCACCACGGCCCAGGCUCUGCUUGCUCAAAUCCCUAUGUGGAGUGCUGGUUGGUCUUCUCUAAAAAUGGGGGGAAGAGAUCAAGAU